AGACCCCGCCAGCAAGAAGGUGGCCCCACACCCUAUCCGGGACGCGACGGUCAAGCCCAGGGAACACCCCGCAAGCUCCAGCGGGAAGCGGGCUCCAGACUAGGGGGCGGGAGGCCGGCCUGGGCGGAGCAAAGGGCGCUCGGCCUCGUUGAUUGGCCGCGGCUGCAGAGCUGUCUUUCUAGGAUUGAGCCUUUUCUUUUGGGAGGCGGGGCCUUGAUUCACUCCCGCCAAUAGAGUUCAAGGAAUCCGCCUACCACCAGGACACUUCCGGCGGUGCUCUCCGCUCCUUACCGCCAAAGCUGCGGCUCUGGACGCCUAGCCCCGGCGUAUCCCGAUCACUUCCGGGUGGUGCUCCACGGCCACGAGCCGCGAUUGGGCUACCGUAGAUGGGGUACUUCCGGUGUCCAGGUGCUAGGUCUUUCGGCAGGAGGAGGAAGAUGGAGCCCAGCACCGCGGCCCGGGCUUGGGCCCUCUUUUGGUUGCUGCUGCCCUUGCUUGGCGCGGUUUGCGCCAGCGGACCCCGCACCUUAGUGCUGCUGGACAACCUCAACGUGCGGGAGACUCAUUCGCUUUUCUUCCGGAGCCUGAAGGACCGGGGCUUUGAGCUCACAUUCAAGACCGCUGAUGACCCCAGCCUGUCUCUCAUAAAGUAUGGGGAAUUCCUCUAUGACAAUCUCAUCAUUUUCUCCCCUUCGGUAGAAGAUUUUGGAGGCAACAUCAAUGUGGAGACCAUCAGUGCCUUUAUUGACGGUGGAGGCAGUGUGCUGGUAGCUGCCAGCUCAGACAUUGGUGACCCUCUUCGAGAACUGGGCAGUGAGUGCGGGAUUGAGUUUGACGAGGAGAAAACGGCUGUCAUUGACCAUCACAACUAUGACAUCUCAGACCUUGGCCAGCAUACGCUUAUCGUGGCUGACACUGAGAACCUGCUGAAGGCCCCAACCAUCGUUGGGAAAUCAUCUCUAAAUCCCAUCCUCUUUCGAGGUGUUGGGAUGGUGGCCGAUCCUGAUAACCCUUUGGUGCUGGACAUCCUGACGGGCUCUUCCACCUCUUACUCCUUCUUCCCGGACAAGCCUAUCACCCAGUAUCCACAUGCGGUAGGGAAGAACACCCUCCUCAUUGCUGGGCUCCAGGCCAGAAACAAUGCCCGUGUCAUCUUCAGCGGCUCCCUCGACUUCUUCAGCGACUCCUUCUUCAACUCAGCAGUGCAGAAGGCGGCGCCCGGCUCCCAGAGGUAUUCCCAGACAGGCAACUAUGAACUAGCCGUGGCCCUCUCCCGCUGGGUGUUCAAGGAGGAGGGUGUCCUCCGUGUGGGGCCUGUGUCCCAUCAUCGGGUGGGCGAGACAGCCCCACCCAAUGCCUACACUGUCACUGACCUAGUGGAGUACAGCAUUGUGAUCCAGCAGCUCUCAAAUGGCAAAUGGGUCCCCUUUGAUGGCGAUGACAUUCAGCUGGAGUUUGUCCGCAUUGAUCCUUUUGUGAGGACCUUCCUGAAGAAGAAAGGUGGCAAAUACAGUGUUCAGUUCAAGUUGCCCGACGUAUAUGGUGUAUUCCAGUUUAAAGUGGAUUACAACCGGCUAGGCUACACACACCUCUACUCUUCCACUCAGGUAUCCGUGCGGCCACUCCAGCACACGCAGUAUGAGCGCUUCAUCCCCUCGGCCUACCCCUACUACGCCAGCGCCUUCUCCAUGAUGCUAGGACUCUUCAUCUUCAGCAUCGUCUUCUUGCACAUGAAGGAGAAGGAGAAAUCCGACUGAGGGGCCAGAGCCCUCUCCACACAGCGUGGAGACUGGGCGGGGAGGGGGGUUAUUAGGAUUGGUGGUUUUGUUUUGCUUUGUUUAAAGCCGUGGGAAAAUGGCACAACUUUACCUCUGUGGGAGAUGCAACACUGAGAGCCAAGGGGUGGGAGUCGGGAUAAUUUUUAUAUAAGUUUUUCCACUUUUUGAAUUGCUAAAAGUGGCAUUUUUCCUAUGUGCAGUCACUCUCAUUUCUAAAAUAGAGACGUGGCCAGGCACGGUGGCUCAUGCCUGUAAUCCCAGCACUUUGGGAGGCCGAGGCAGGCGGAUCACGAGGUCAGGAGAUCGAGACUAUCCUGGCUGACACGGUAAAACCCCGUCUCUACUAAAAGAAGUACAAAAAAUUAGCCGGGCAUGGUGGUGGGCGCCUGUAGUCCCAGCUACUCGGGAGGCUGAGGCAGGAGAAUGGCAUGAAUCCAGGAGGCAGAGCUUGCAGUGAGCUGAGAUCGCGCCAUUGUACUCCAGCCUGGGCAACAGUGCAAGACUCUGUCGGUCUCAAAAAAAAUAAAAAAUAAAAAAAAUAGAGAUGUUGCCCUCAAA